GCGCAGGCGUCGCCUCUUUCUCCUCCCCGCCGAGGCCUGGCGGUGCACGCAAUUCAACUGAGCCGAGCGCGCCUACUGAAGGCGCGUGAGAAAUCGGUUGUCCUCGGGACGAGAAGCCGCUGCUCUUCCUGCGGCGGCGGCUGCCCUACCUACCGAAACGCUCUCGGCCGACAGGAGGGGGGUCCGCCGGGAUGUUUGUGGCGCGCAGCAUCGCGGCCGAUCACCGCGACCUCAUCCACGAUGUUUCCUUCGACUUCCACGGGCGGCGCAUGGCGACCUGCUCUAGCGACCAGAGUGUCAAGGUUUGGGACAAAGGUGAAAAUGGAGAGUGGCAUUGUACUGCCAGCUGGAAGACGCAUAGUGGAUCUGUGUGGCGUGUGACAUGGGCACAUCCAGAGUUUGGACAAGUCUUGGCUUCCUGCUCUUUUGACAGAACAGCUGCUGUCUGGGAAGAAAUAGUAGGGGAAUCAAAUGAUAAACUUCGAGGACAGAGUCAUUGGGUAAAGAGGACUACUCUGGUUGACAGUAGGACAUCAGUUACAGAUGUAAAGUUUGCUCCUAAGCAUAUGGGUCUUAUGCUGGCGACAUGUUCAGCGGAUGGAGUUGUUCGGAUAUAUGAAGCGCCUGAUGUAAUGAAUCUUAGUCAAUGGUCACUUCAGCAUGAAAUCUCAUGUAAACUGAGUUGCAGUUGUAUUUCCUGGAAUCCUUCAAGCUCUCGUGCUCAUGCUCCUAUGAUAGCUGUAGGGAGUGAUGACAACAGUCCAAAUAUACUAGCAAAGGUGCAGAUUUAUGAAUACAAUGAAAAUACCAGGAAGUAUGCAAAAGCAGAAACACUUAUGACAGUCACAGACCCUGUACAUGAUAUUGCCUUUGCGCCAAAUCUGGGAAGGUCCUUCCAUAUACUGGCAGUAGCUACCAAAGAUGUACGGAUUUUCACAUUAAAACCCCUGAGAAAAGAACUGACUACUUCAUCAGGAUUGACAAAAUUUGAGGUUCAGUUAGUAGCUCAAUUUGAUAAUCACAACUCCCAGGUCUGGCGUGUAAGCUGGAACAUUACAGGCACAGUUCUUGCAUCUUCAGGAGAUGAUGGGUGUGUAAGGCUCUGGAAAGCUAAUUACAUGGAUAACUGGAAAUGUACUGGAAUUCUGAAAGGUAAUGGGAGUCCAGUCAAUGCUAGCACCGCUCAGUCAGGAGUUUUUAAUACUCCUAUAGGCACAGGCAACACAAGUCUCCAGAACUCAGUCAAUGGAACGUCUGCUGGCAGAAAGCACAGCUGAUACCAAGCUAACUGGAGUAACUUUGCUGUUUUGCUGCUUGUUGCAUGCACACAGGAAUGGAAAGCGAACUCCUUUUUCCCCUCCCCAACGCCGUUUGAACUCUUCCCAAGACACCAGCAGUCUGCCUACUACUAAAAGCAAAACAAAAGCCUCUCUUAAAAAAAAAUGUUGUAUACCUACUCUACUAGCCAGCACAGUAUGAUCUUGUUGGAAUCUGAAAACAAUGUAACAGGAAGAGCCUUCUUAAAGAAGCAUUUCCGCACUCUACAAAACAAGUGUGGGAGACAGGGGGAAGUGCACUAGUGACAAGCAUUACUGUUCUUGCAGGUGUCAGGAGAGAAAAAUCUUAGGUGAAACUAUUUCACUUUUCAUUGAAAUUGUUUAAAUACUUGCUUUUCUUCUGUAUUUUAAAGUGUUCAGAUACAUACUUAACCAUUACGAUUUUGUUCAUAGAUUUGUAACACAUAAACAUAAGUAGUCUCAAACAAUGUUGGCAACAUUGUAAAUUGACAAGUACACAAUUCACAUCUGAAAUUGGUUGGUACUGCUUCACAGUUAAAUACUACUUCAAAAUAAAGGGGAAAAGCCCAUAAAAACAUUAAUGCCAUACUUUAGUUGUUUUAGUGAGAAUGAAUGUACCUGAUAGUUGCAUGUUCCUUUGGCAUGAUUCCAUGGAAUAACGAUUAAGCCUCCUUUUGGUCAAAAUAUGGGCUAAGCCAUCUCCAAAUGAAUGUUUGUCAUAUGGCAUUGACAAGUUGGUUUAAGAAUUAUUAUCUGUUGCAUUAAAGCUGCCUCAGGUUCUCUGUGGUACAAACAUACUGCUUUUGUACAGUGGAGUUACUGCCCAGGAUCAAACUGAAGCAGAGUCCUAUUGCAAAUAUUCAUCAGGACAUGACCAAAACAAAAAGCCUUUUACAUAGCGGCAUGUCAAUGUAACUCUAAAUAAGUCCUGUCUCAAAAUUGUACUAACUUGGCCAUUCUGUUCUGUAAAGUUGUCUACAUUUCCAAAGAUGAUAAAGAUUACAAAGUGGUGUCUUUAAUAUUACGGGUAAGUCAUAAAAUGUGACACGGAAUAGUCUGUUCAGUCUUUAAUUUACCUGAAGUCUUACCUGAUGUUUUUUCCAAAAAUAUGUAUAUAUGCACAUAGAUUGUAUUUGAGUGGAAGAGGAGUCACUUUUGUAUAUUGUGGAAAUCAAAACAAUUUGUUUUUACAUUUAUUCUAUAAAAUGUGCAGACAAGUUAAAGCUAAAUUGGAUGCAAAUGCACCUGCAUUAUUGUGUGCCUGUCUUUCUGCAAUUCUUACUAAAAGUUAGGAUAAUGAGUUGCAUGAUUGAGCGGAUGUGUUGAUAAGUAGGGACUCAUUUUAUUUACAGGUAAUUUAUUGUUUUAAAAUGUAUAUAAGGCAUAUUGUUCAUUAAGCCCUAUGGUUGUGUUUCUACCAAACAGUGUUUAAACCUUCGCAAUCAAUAUUAUUUUUUGUAAUUAGA